CUGGUACGAUGAGAUAUAUAUUUAUAAUAGAAUUCCAGCUGGAUUUAUUGACAGCGAGUUCGCUGACCCAGGAUUCUUCGCACAGGUGUACACAUGUGUCGCGCGGCUCGAAGACUUCCGUUUGCCGUCUAUGGAACGCGCGCGCGCGCGGAUCGUUUGUCAAUGCUCGGAACCAUUCACACGUACUUCAAAAACAUUUUCACAUUAGCGAGAACGGUCGAGCAACGCCGAGGGAAAAUCGACAACACGGAUCGUACGGAAUUGCGAUCUCGAUGGUGGAACUCGAAGAUGAAGGAGAUGGACGCAAACAUUGGGAAAGCGGUCACGCGUGAUAACGAUUGUUCUCUGUUUCGACGAUAGACCAGGCUCGAGUAAUCUACGAUUUCUCAUGUAACAAUAUCUUACGAACUACUGCUACUUUUCUAUUGUCGCGCAGGAUGAUCGAGCGGAGUGUGAAUCGUGCGAAUCGAGGCGAAAAUUCGGACUAAUUUCGGACGCGGAUCCACUCGGGAUUAGCGCGACUCACCUUCGAUGACCACCGCGUUAUCGUCCUGUUCCCCCAGCUCGUCCAGCGAGGACUCGAAGACGACCGGUUUGCCCGCUGGAUCCGCGUAGCUGGUGUCCGCGAGGAUUAAGACGGCGAGGAGUGCCUGCACGACGAGCACCGUCACCAUCCUGGACGACGACCGGCGUCGGUCCACGUUCGAUCGCGGUAACUGAAGGGGAAACAAACGACACGGUGGGCCUGGUGGAUCGCGAGUCGUUAGGGCCCGGUCGCUGUUACCAGUAGGGACCCUGGGACCGACACUAACUUGCUAAGCUGCUGAAUAGCCGGUGCUCGAGCUUAUAACGGGCUCGUUCUCCCCUCUCGGGCACUCCGCUGUUCUUUGCCCCUAGCAGGUUCGACACGACGAGUCACCGGGAGUCAUCGGGAUCUCCUCUUGUUCUUUUAGCGGUUGCUGACCACCUCCGGGCACAGUCCAGCCACCGGCGAAGGAAAGGGUGAGUAGAGGGCGAACAUUUCCAUCUGGAAGAAUUACCGAUCCUUCUACCGAGUUCGUUUCGGCCAACGUUUUUGCACAUCCAAUACGUACGUUCGCGACAAGAUCACGCUUAGGUUACUUUUUUAAAUGGAAGAGGCGGCUGGUCACUCGCUAAAUUCACGUCUAGACAGUAGUGAUCCAAUCAUUGUGACAGAUGAUGAGAAUGCAAGUAAGAUCAACAAUGACAUUGGAUGUGAACAGGAGAUUCCGUACGGGGUGUGUACACCGCAGCAGGCAUCGACUAGUAGACAAAUCGACAAUUCUAUUUUUAAUACCGUAUCUAAAAUCGUGAAUCCUGCAGCAAAGGUACCAGAGAUUCAGGAUUUCAAAAUUGUAAAGCCUAUAAGCCGUGGAGCAUUUGGUAAAGUAUUCCUUGGGUACAACAAAUCUAAUCCUGAGAAAGUAUAUGCAAUCAAAGUGAUGAAGAAAAAUGAGAUGAUCAACAAAAACAUGGCCUCGCAAUGUCUACUUAGUAAUGGAGUACAUGGUGGGCGGAGAUCUUAAGAGUUUGUUGGGUGUGUAUGGCUAUAUGGAAGAAUCCAUGGCAGCUUUUUAUACCGCGGAAGUAUGUCUAGCGUUGGAAUACCUUCACUCCCAUGGAAUCGUACACAGAGAUUUAAAGCCAGAC